CAUCACUGCCCAGACUCAAUUGCACAUCGUUGCCUCGAACAGCGACUACUGGAAAAGAAGAUUCUCGCCAAUCUCAUACAAGAUGAAGUCGACAUUGGCUCUACUGCUGGUGGCUCUCGCCCAUGCUGUGCUGGCAACAGAGUUCCAGGAUUGCGGUUCGGAAGCGUUGACCGUGGCACUUGAGGUGGAGAGUUGCGACAUUCCUCCUUGCAUCGUCAAAAGAGGCGACACGCUCAGCGCCACCAUCCUCUUCACUGCUGACCACGACGUCGAAACGAUGACCGCGGCUGUAACGGCCAACAUCGGUGGCAUCGAAGUGCCGUGGCCCGGCUUCGAUGACAACGCUUGUGCGUACCUUCUGGACGGUUGCCCUGUCGCUGGAGGUUCUCUGGCAAAUUGGACUUAUCCUGUCGAAGUUCUGCCUGAAUAUCCUCCGAUUACGACACUUGCCACCUUCCGUCUCCUGCACGACGGAGAUGUGCACGACGAAGUCUGCCUCCAGGUGCCCGUCACAAUUGUGUGAUUUGUCGUUCUAGUGAGUGGUAUGUCAGGCAUGUGCAUGAGAAGGACUAAUAAUGAAGGAUAGUAAUAUUUUUUUUGUCACAAACUUUGUUGGUGAUGUUAACCUGCGGCCAGCACAGCCAAGGGUAUAUUACUGCACUUUGUCAUAUUAUUGAGUAUUUGGAGCCGUAAAUGCUGCGAAUUUGUUGGCUUGUCACGUGCGGCAAUCGAUCAUGUUGCAUAUCCGUUUUUAGCGGACCCGAAGACCUUUAAAACGCUUAUAAAUACGUAGAAAAAUUAAAACAGGAACUGAUUCCAUAUAUGAUCGUAUGGAAUGAUAUAUACGGUGUGGUGGACAACGAAGAAAUAGCGAAACAUAAUAUACAGUUCAUUCACAA